CGGUGCGCUAGGGACCGAUGCGCUAGGGACCGAUGCGCUCUCCCUGAUCGCACGGCGUGUGAGCUGCGCACCGGCCAGCUCCGCUACACCCACCCGUGACAGCGCCUGGGCGAAGGACAAACCCUGCCUCCAAAAUGCCACGCUCCUUCCUGGUCAAGAAACAUUUCAAUUCAUCCAAAAAGCCGAACUACAGCGAGCUGGACACUCAUACAGUGAUUAUAUCCCCAUACCUGUAUGAAAGCUAUCCAGUCCCUAUCAUACCACAGCCAGAGAUCCUGAGCUCAGUAGCUUACAAUCCCAUUACCGUGUGGACUACAACCGGGCUGCUACCAUCUCCAUUACCCAGCGACCUCUCUCCACUUUCUGGAUACCCCUCAUCUUUGGGAAGAGUCAGCCCACCUCCACCUUCUGACACCUCCUCCAAAGAUCACAGUGGUUCAGAAAGUCCAAUUAGUGAUGAAGAAGAGAGAAUCCAGUCCAAGCUUUCAGACCCCCAUGCAAUCGAAGCUGAAAAGUUUCAGUGCAGUUUAUGCAACAAGACCUAUUCAACUUUCUCUGGGUUGGCCAAACAUAAGCAGCUGCACUGUGAUGCCCAGUCUAGGAAAUCAUUCAGCUGCAAGUACUGUGACAAGGAGUAUGUCAGCCUGGGAGCACUUAAGAUGCACAUCAGGACCCACACACUACCUUGUGUCUGCAAGAUCUGCGGCAAGGCUUUCUCCAGACCCUGGCUACUUCAAGGACACAUUAGAACUCACACUGGAGAGAAGCCGUUUUCCUGUCCUCACUGCAACAGGGCUUUUGCAGACAGAUCCAAUCUGAGGGCUCAUCUGCAGACCCACUCGGAUGUGAAGAAAUACCAGUGCAAAAAUUGCUCCAAAACUUUCUCCAGAAUGUCUCUUCUGCACAAACACGAGGAAUCUGGCUGCUGUGUAGCACACUGAGUCAUGCAGUCAAUGUUUACCUGGACUCAAUGCAUUUCUCCACUCAUGUUCCAAAUGAUAAGUGGAAAUCCAAAGGUGUUUUCUCAUCUACUUUUCAGCCAAAAAAAACCCCAAACAAACCAAAACAACCCCAAAAACCCAAUCCACCCCAAAACAGCACCAAACAAGCAAACAGACAUAAUAGUGGAAGAACUUAGGAUGUCAGUAGAAAUGAGCUUUAAGUAGUUUGUGUUCAGCCACACACCUGCAUUCUCAAGUGUGAGUUCUGAAGUAUGGGGAAAGACACCAUGCAUGACAUUUCAAGUAGCUCUAAAGGAAGAAGCAUUAUCGGCUUUCUCUAUAGAGGAAACCAAAUGUAGGUCGUCUUUUCUUGCUUAGAAAAGGCUGCAAAGUUACCAAUACAUUCCUGCCAAGCCAUUUCAACCCAAAGAGACAGUAUUUUUAAGGGGGACUCUUAAUGAAAACACUUACCCAAGUGAAUUUUUUGCUAGACACCAUUUUCUCUCAGGUGCCUUAAGAUAAAGUAUUCCGAGUUUACCUUAGCAAAUGUUUAAUGUUAUUCAUUGCUGUGUUUUUAUCUUACUUCACAAGAAGCCAGGGCCUUCGUUACUGACCU